GUUGCCUUGGGGGGCUGGGGGAUGGGGCCUUGGACCACCACUCCUCCUCUGCUGGACAUGCAUCACUCGUCAAACCGUCACCGAUCACCGUCAUGACGAUAGAAGCAAGUUGCAAAUUGCAACACUUUCAAGUCUUAACCUACAUACCGACUACGCAGUGACCGUUCGGGCACUGACCGAAAACUCAGGUACCUACUCGUACAAUGGUCAGUCCAGACCACGAAGAAGCUCCUCACCGCCCCGAGGCGGUUGAUGCUUCAACUGCCUCAACUACCUCAACCAAGGCCACCACCACCGCCGCCGCCACCGAGAAUGACAGACCCGUUCGCGUGCUGGUGCAGACCAGAACUCAUCUCGUGCCGGGCGACAAGUCCGCCAACUCCAUGGUGCGGACCGACGCCAUGGAGAACCUGAUCUGCCAGCACGUUUGGCAGCGCGACUUUGACGACUACCAGGAGCGCGGCUGGGACUACAACUGCGAGUUUGCCUGGGACAGCGUCGAGUGUUGGUUCCUCGUCGACCACCACGGGCCGGACUCGACUCUACCGCCAGACCCGCCGGUCUUGUGGUACAAGUGGACCGGCAAAGAGUUCGUGACGGUGCACGAUCCGCUCCCUCGGAGGGUGCGCCGUAGGAUACGGAGUUAUCCGUUCACGAGGAUUCCGCCUGAGCGUCUGCUCAACCGCCGCGUACCGCGCCCGAUACAGCAGCCAAGGGAGUUUUCAUCCCGUGCCGAGGAGAUACGUGUUCAGAGGCAUAGGCUCCGGGACACGUUGGCCUGCAACUUGAUGUUAACUGAGGACCUCGCGCGGUUUGCAAAGGAGAAUCCUGGGCCGGCCCAAUGGGUGAGGGCGCGUGUUCCGCCGACGGCUUGGGCGAGGCUUGACGAUCCGUCUCAGAUAGCGAUGAUAGACGAGGAGGGGGUGGCAUAUAUGGAGGUUGGGUCCCUGGGUGUGCUUGAGAGCCUAGAGAGCUAGAUGGAACUGCGGCACCGUGGAACUUACUCUAACCUUUGAGCUAAUUCAUGGGUUGUGAGUUAGGAGAUAGAAGUAAAACCCAUCCUUGUCUUAAUAAUGUCUUCCCUUCGACCAGGUUGGCCGUUGUUUUCUCGGCCCCCAAGGAACGGCCCCCAAGUGAGAGAGAAGUGAAACAUUUUCCUGUUUGAAUACC